GGAGGAGUUCUUCAUUCGGAUAAAUAGGCAUUAGCGCCCACGAAAAUCCAGCACUCGGGGCAGGCGGUGGCUUUGGAAUCCGCUGAGGACAUCCAGCUCCAGAGGCAGAGUUGAGGACGGAGGGAAUGUCGCCCCUCUUGGCUCUGGGGCUUCUGGUGGCUGGGCUCUGCCCCACUGUCCACUGCGUCCCAGGGGGCGUGCUUGACCCGCAGAAUGUCACUCCGGAGGACCUACACAACGAGACGCCUGUGGACAACCUCGGAUUAGCCUCCAGCAACACCGACUUCGCCCUCAGCCUCUAUAAGCAGUUGGCUUCGAAGACGCCCAAUAAGAAUAUCAUCUUCUCCCCGCUGAGCGUCUCCAUCGCCUUGGCCUUCCUAUCCCUGGGGGCCCAAGGCAGCACCCUGACGGAGAUCCUCGAAGGCCUCAAGUUCAACCUCACAGAGACCCCCGACGCCGAAAUCCACCGGGGUUUCCAGCACCUUCUGCGAACCCUUCGCCAGCCCAGCAACGAGUUGCAGCUGAGUGUGGGCAAUGCCAUGUUCGUCAGCGAGCAGCUGAGGCUGCUGGAGAAGUUCACGGCAGAUGCCAGGGCGCUGUACGCCGCUGAGGCCUUCUCCACCAACUUCCAGGACUCUGCUGCCGCCGAGAGGCUCAUCAACAACUAUGUGAAGAAUCGGAGCCGGGGGAAAAUUGUGGAUUUGGUCAAGGACCUUGACCCGAACACAGCCAUGGUCCUGGUGAAUUACAUCUUCCUUAAAGCCAAAUGGAAGACCCCCUUUGACCCCCGAGAUACUUUCAAGUCCAAGUUCUACGUGAGCAAGAGGAGGUCGGUGAAGGUGGCCAUGAUGAGCCUGGAGGACGUGCGGGUGCCUUACUUCCGAGAUGAGGCGCUGGCCUGCACGCUGGUGGAGCUCCAAUACAUGAAUGUCGGCAGCGUGCUCUUCAUCCUCCCCGACGAGGGCAGAAUGGAGGCCGUGGAGGCUGCGCUGCUCCCAGAGACGCUGAGGAGGUGGACAGACUCACUGCAGAUGAGGAGCAUAGACAACCUCUACCUGCCAAAGUUUUCCAUCUCCAGCAGCUAUAAUCUGGAAGACGUGCUUCCCCAGCUGGGCAUGAGGGAAGUCUUCACCAACCAGGCCGACCUGUCAGGAGUCACAGGGGAGAAGAACCUGGCAAUAUCCCAGGUGGUCCACAAGACCUUGCUCGAUGUGGCCGAGGAGGGCACGGAAGCCGCGGCCGCCACGGGAAGUAAAAUUAUUUUGUUGUCCGGAAAAAUUGGCCCACUGAUCACUGUGCGUUUCAACAGACCCUUUCUUCUGUCCAUACGCCACAAAGAUACCAAGAACAUCCUCUUCUGGGGCAAAGUCACCAACCCCCAUCAAGCCUAGGGCUCCCCCCCACCCCAAAGGGGCCAGGUGCCAGGUCUCUGGAUGCAGCCCGCCUCUGUGCGCCGAAGAGCCGCAGGCCAGGCCCGGCCGGGCUCGUCCUUGAGAAGGUGGCAGUGACUCUGACGGGUGGCUUCCACGUGCAUGGGGAGGCUGGGGACUUUUGGACCGGAGGCUCUGCAACCUCCAGACGGCAAUAAACUCUCUUUCUCAGACUGGA